AAUAGUUUUAAGCUGGACGGCGAUCGCAACAGACGUGCCCUGCUCAUCGCAUAUAUAGCGCAAAAAGAGUGGAAACAGUUGUACGCGAGCGAAUAGUAAUACAUAAUAACAAAAACAUGUCAACAACGGAUGCUAAUGCAGCUAGCAAAUCAGAAUCAGAGACGCCAAAUAGCGCACCAGAUGCGGCUGCGAGUGCUACCCCUGCUGCUGCGCGCCAAAUACCCGACUGGCUGAAGGCUGACCUAUUUGUGGAUUUGCUCAAGAAGAAUGUGCCCGAUUUCAAAGCCAUCCGAAAUUUCGACGCCAAACCGGCACAAGGGGCUGGCGAAAAUUAUGCCACGCUCAUGGCCCUGGUGCAACUCGAAUUGGAACUUAUAACUGGAAAAACAAAGCAAAUUUCCUAUAUGUUGAAGCUGCCCAUCGAAUCAGUGCAGAAGUUGAUGUCGGAUAACAAUAUGUUUGACACAGAGAGUGCCAUUUAUCGGGAUGUGAUACCUGAGCUUGAACAGCUAUAUAGAGAUGCCGGUAUGGAAGUGAAGUUCUCGCCUCAGCACUUUGAGCUGCAAACGCCAUCCGAAUUCGGUGUUAUAAUCAUGGAAGACCUGCGGCAGCGUGGCUUUAAGAACGCUAAUCGCUUGGAAGGCUUCGAUAUGGAGCACACUAAGGAAGCCUUGAGAAGAUUGGCGCAAUGGCAUGCCGCUACGGCGGUGCGUAUUCAAACUAAAGGUAAAUAUCCAAAAGUUGUCAGCACUGGUAUGUUCACUGAAGACUUCUUCGUGAUGGUGGAGCAAAUGCGUGAAUCGAUUGGAAAGUUGUUCAUAGAGUGUGUGCGCACAUACGACGGUCAUGCGGCAUACAUAGAUAGCAUAGAAAGUUCCUUCGAUAGUAUUACUGAAGAAUAUCGUGCGGUGAUGAACGCAGAUCCGAAUGAAUUUAACGUUCUAAAUCAUGGUGAUUUUUGGGCUAACAAUAUUAUGUUCCAGUACGAUGCUUUCGGCAAGAUUAAGCAAACAUACUUCGUAGACUUUCAGUGUACGCGAUAUGGCUCACCUGCGCAUGAUCUCUACAAUUUGUUGCUCUCUUCAACGCAAUACGAAAUCAAGUUGAAACAUUUUGAAUAUUUCAUUAAGUAUUAUCACGAUCAACUUGUUGAGUGCUUGAAAUUACUGAACUAUCCGAAAAAGUUGCCCACCUUAAAGGAUAUUCACAUUGCGAUGUACAAAUAUGGCAUUUGGGGUAUAUCUGCCGUUUCCGGCCAUAUGGCUAUCGUGCUGCUGGAUCCUACCGAAGCGGCUAGCAUGGACAAUUUGUUGAGUAGUACGCAAGAUGGAAUGGAUUUCAAAAAAUUAAUGUACACAAACAAGCGUUAUCGGAAACAUGCUGAAGCCGUUUUGCCAUGGCUAAGUAAUCGUGGAGCUUUCGGUGCAUAAAAAAAAAAUGGUGAUAUGACGAAAUUGCCAAUCACUUUUCUAUUGUGCAACACUUUUCUAUUUAAUCAAUAAACUUUGGUAUAUUCAUA